AGAUCACUGUCGCUGAUCGUUCGUUUUUCCUGUGCGAAACAGAGUGCAGAUAGAAACCCUCAAAUAAUUCCAAUUUUGCGACAGAUAUGGCUGCUCAAGCAUCAGAAGUCGAUAAAAGAAGCAGUUCUGCAUCCGAUAUGUCAAAUGUACAAAUUGACGAAGAAGUGAGUGUACCAGAUGUCGAAGUGAAGCAUUCUCCAUUUCAGUCGCAACCCAACCUUCGAACCGGCGUGCUAACCAGUGAAGAAGUGAAAGAACUCGGUGAUAAAAUGAGGAAAGAACAGGCCAAGAAAUAUUUUUCACUCAGGGUAUGUACAUAUUACGUGUGAAAAAUUCUUCACACAAGUAUCGUUUUCGAAGAUUUUGAGAGAAGUUUGCACGUAGGCAAAUUAAAGGUGUGUUUCAAGUCCAUGCGCGAAACAGCUUUCUGCAGCUUUUGGUUGCACGACUUAUAUCCAGGCUUUUGUUGCACCAAAAUUCCCAUAAAAGCACUUUGUGGAGUUCAUCUUACGCUCAUUUGAUUGAGAGAUGUUUGCAGAUUAUCCAUUGCUUUUCUAGUUGGCAGAUUUGUCGCUAAAGUAGCAAGUUCUCGGCGUAGUUAUGUGCAUGUUUGGAAGACACAUAAUCGUGAAUCGGUCUCGGCGUAUUUUUUGAAAUGAUCACGUGACUGAUCUGACUUCUUACAUUUUGUACCUUGCCCACUUUGAAAAGCAUCUUAGUAUGUUUAAAUGUUUAGAUCCUGACCCACUUUUGAACUUGGAUAAUUUCUCAGCAAUUGAAGUGUUGCUUGUUUUGCUUGUUUUGCUUGCAGUUAUGUCAUUAUUUAUUUAUAACAAUGAUAAAUGAUGUUACCGUCCGUUUAUGAAAGAUCAGGUAUAAAAAUAAUUUUAUCGAAGGCAAAUUAUGGUGGUUGAUGGAUGUUUUUAUUUACUUUUUAAAUUGCCAUGAUUUUACAAGUACAGCCCUUAAUAAUAAAUUUUUGAAGCACCUUGAUGAGGAUUGGUGUCAUCUUCUUGUAGCAAACCUCUGGUAUUUUUUACAGUCAAACAAUUUUUAUUUCUGGUCCAAGUGAAGUUUUGUCACAAUGAAAUGUCUGUUAUCUCAUUAUUUUUAACAAAACAUGGAAAAAUGACUUGAAUUAUGAAAGGUGUUUUUACAUUUAGCUGGGGACAGAAAACAAGUCGCGAGUCCCUACGGAGAAGUGAAGGUUAGAUGGUCAGAUUUUGGGCUUUGAUGCUCUGCCACUGAGCUUCAGAGAUUGUGCAGUGAGCUGGGUCAUAAAGUUCACAUGUAAUAGGCAUCCUGCAUACAGCUUGGAUCAAGUAUUCUUUGAUUAAGUUCCUUUCCCUGCACUGAUUUACAACUGUAGUUCCCUUGGUGGGCAUUUCAGUCUCCUUACAUCAGCAUGAAAUUUUAUCUACUAAACUAACUGUUACCUAUUUGUGGAAUUCUAGGAAGGGGCAUUUGCUAAUGCUGUGGAGGAGUGCAAGGCCUCUUUGGAUGCAAAUGAUGGAGAACUCCUCAGUUCAUGGCUAUUGAGCGAGUAAGUCAUUGUAAUUUAACCCUUUACUCUCCCACAUUAGUAUCUAUGUUCUCCCUGUUCUUCUUAUGAAACUUUUUAUGGUGUUAUACCAAGGUAGAUUUGUGUGAUAAACAAUUCCUCUUAAGUCUGCAGUCCAUCUGAUAAUACACUCUUGUAAUUACACCAGACAAUGUAAUUCUUUUUAUAUACCCCCUUGUAGAACAAAUACAAUAUGUAUCAGUCAGUUUGCAUUGUUUCCAAGGAUCUAAAUUUUUCAAUUUUCUCAAAUCCAAAAUGUUGGCACACCCUGUUUAAGUCUAAAUUGCAAUAAUUACUCCUAAGUUGACACCCUUCUUAUUCAUCUUUAUUUAUUUGUUUAUUUAUUUAUUUAUUUUUUAUUAUUUUUUCUUACUUUUCUCAUGCUGCUUAAGUAUAUGUUUGUUUGAGUGCCUACUAUUGUUGUUGUUUUAUGUAUGUUUUGUGAGCUUGGACAUUGCAUAUCAUCCAUCCUAGUGUCCACUUUGUUGCACAUUAAAGAUCUUUUCCCUAACUUAAUUUCUAGAACGAUGACAGCGUAAAAAAAGGUUUUGUUUGUCUUUGAAAAUGGCGACCAACUUUUUCUGAAUUGGCUACCACUUUGAAGAAUUUAGGAGCCAAGUGACUAACCGAAAAAAAAUUAAUUUCAUGCCCUGAUAAGCCUCUUGGUUUCCCCUGGGGUUUCCUCACCACGUGCUAAAUCUUCAGCCAUAUCAUAUUGAUGUAUAUGUAAUUCCUUUUUUAUUUCUACUGAUGUUUCUUAAUUACAAAAUGGCAACAUAAAAAAAUAAACAAAACAAAAAAAAAUGAAUUCUCUUCUUUAGAUGUAGUUUAUUGCAUGUAGCAGUAAAUUUGUAUCUACAAUAGGAGUAAUUGAAGUGAUUUGUUGUAUACAUGUAUUUGGAGUCAACACAUUGCAUAUGAAAAAAAUUAUGAAUUAUAUUAAGUACAACUGUGUAUUACUAGUUGUUUUUGGUUCUAUAUAACUAAGCAAUGUGUUUCCACUUUGAAUUCCCUUUUUUUUUUUUUAAUUUCUAACAUAACAGUUCUCAGUAAACUAAAAACCAAUUGAUUUCUAUGAUCUAUCGCAAUAAUUAAUAAUUAUUGCCCAGAAAUGUAGGAAUUCCAUUCAAAGAGGUCACAUUUUAAUUUUCUUGGGAGAGCACACCCCUCUAGACCCCUUCCAUGUCGCAUUUACUUGGCAUCCUCCACACUAUUUACUUACUUUCCACAUACCCCUGAAAUUUUCCUUCUUUCUCUGAUCCAUAUUAAAAAAACCUGAGAAAUUUUCUUCCAGUCUUAUUUUAAUGAAAAACUUGGGUUAUUGACUGUUGAAUUCUUUAACUGAGGGAAAAAAAAGCAGGCUUUCCAAUCCAAAUGUCAACCUUGAUCCUGAAGAUGUCAUUUUUUAUUUAGUGCCACUCACAAGACAGAGAAUUCCUUAUUAUUACACUGUUUGUAACAAAGUUCAGUUUGGUUGAGUGACAUCUUAAAAAAAAUCUCAGUUAUUUUUAGGUGAAAUGCCAGAGAUAGAGACUUUUUAAAUGAAAAUAAAAUGUAAAAAAUAGUAAAGGGAAGGAUAACCAAAACAAAGAAAAACCAAUAUAGAUUAAAUCAGGGUAACAGAAUUGAGUUGUUUUGUUUGGUGUAAUAACAUUGGUGUUUUUUGUUUAUAGAAUUGACCAUUGGGAUCUUGAGAAAGAAAGAAUUGUCUUAAUCACAGAGAAGAGCCUUUGUCUUGUCAAGUACAAUUUUAUUGGACUGAAAGUUAAUGAGAUGAGGAAGAUUCCACUGAUAAGAUGUGAUAAGAUUCAGAUCGGCAGAUUUGUGUAUCCAAAGACCACAAUGAUGAUGUGAGUACAUAUCAUUUGUUUACAUGUUAUGAUCAUGUAGAGUUGGUAACUGUAUGAAAUGCAAAUUUAUUUAUCAAUGUGUUUGAAUCUCUGUUUUAUGGAUAUUCUUUAACUCUCUUGCUCACAACUUUUAAAUCUGCAUUCUCUGCACUGUCUUCCAUACACAAGUACAUGGCUUAUAGUUUAUCACAAGAAUUUGGUUUUCAAUUUAAAAAUAUUCUAUAGUUGAUAUUUUUCUUUGCAUCACCCUCUUGAAAAGGUGCUAAUGAAAAGAUGUAAAGAAGAACUUUGGGUCUCCUGGGAGUGUAGGGGCUGAUGAAAGAAAAUUUUAUCGAGAAACAUCUGCAUGAAUUGGAAUCGUUCAGAGGGGGUGGGAGUGAAAAAAUUCCACUACAGUGAAAGGUGCUAAAGAAUGGACAGGUCUGCAUUUUAUUCUGACUGGAAUAGCUCCCAGGCAUAUCCUGAUUUCUGUAGUAUGAUGUUGGUAUUUGUGUAUACUCCUAGGGGGAGAGGGAUGCUGAAUAACUAUUGGGUCACUGCUGGGGUAGAGCUUCUCUUAAUGCAGUUGACUCCCAAUAACUGAAACCUUUCUAAAAAAACUGUAAAAGGCUCGAGGUAGUUGAGGUCAGAACCAUUGAAAGUUGAGAACGAAUUACAUGCAAUAAUUGGGAAAAGAGUAAUCUUAAUUUCUCUUCUCAUAGUGUAUAUUUUGAUAAACUGAGUUUCAUUUUACAUUAAGAACUUGAGGAGUAAAGCUAAAAAGACACAAGCCAAUUUAGUCAAGCUUAUCCUUGUCCAGCAGAACCUGAUGGGGACUGUUCGUUGCCUUUUGUAAUGCAAAAACAAAUACGAAGUAGACAAAUAAUACUCCGCAUGUUUAACUUACAUUCAAUAUUUUGUACCGUAGUACUGUCGUUGUGACUUGUCACAUAUACAGUAGUAAUAUUGACUGGAAGGGAAACGAGAAUUGCCUUGGGCUAGUAAAAAAGUUCACUUAGAAUCACGAAGAAAGUAAUUCGUCAUAAUAAAUGUUUCAAAGAAUUCUAAGGAGAAGGGGGGGGGGGGUACUUUUUGAUUCAAAUUAGCCCAAGGCAUGAUUGACAACCCGUAGCAAAGGUACGAGUGAUCGGGAGAUGAGGUACACUGCAUUAUGACCUGUUGACGCUUCCCGUGUCAUUCGCUUCCACGAAAAGUUGACGAUCAAAAUGACAAUGUUACGCUUAAGCUUAGUGUCAGUUUCCCCCCCGUAUAUUUUCAGUCCACGUCACUUCCAAACUGGUUUACGCGUCUACUUUGGCAAAAACACAAUACCCAGCUUUCUCCAGAACUGGAAUCCAUGGUCACACGAGGUGCCCUUUGUCACUUUCUGCUGGCACAAAGGGAAUGAUGUCGUAAGUGAUCUGCCCCCGCAUAUGCAGCUUGAUCCGUUUCAGGAGUCUCUAGUCCAGGCCAUUACCGAUUCCCACAAUACCCUUCAGGAGGGUGUGGCACAAGACUCUCUCGAGAUUGAGCAUAAUGAGCCUAUCAUGAUUCAAGUGUAUUGUGGGAUUUCAUCCAUAUUUCACAACUACGGCAUCCUUGGUUUCAAUCGUGAUCGCGGAAAGUUUGGAUUUUAGGACACUUUGACUCUAAUAGCUGUGAAUAGUAUUGGUUCUUAAUAGUAGAUCAUUUGUUUGAACCGUGGAAUUUCCCUCUCAUGCUGCAAAUAUGUUAUAGCAAACCUGUUAAAACCUGGUUUUGUCAGAAAGUCCUUUUUAUUUUCUCUAAAUUUUAACAAAUCGUGAUGAUGUUGAGGUGAAGUACAUAGCGCAGGAACUUGACUUAGGCUUCUCGGUAAGAAUCAGGUCAACAGGGCGGGUUCGCUAUCUUAGUUGUUCCGGUAGGUUCGUCUGGGUAGACGGGCUGUCCGGCUGAUCGAAAUCUCGGAAAUAGGCCAGAAAUUUCCAACAGGUAUACUCCAGUAAGGUUACUGAGGUAAGCCUCAAACAUCGUCAUUUGUCCCUCACGGCCACCUAGCUGUACCUUCCCAUUUGAACAGGUGACAAAAUUUAUUCCGUUUGUCUGGCCAGCCCGGUUUUCUAGGCUCACCUGAAGAGACCUUGAGAAGGACAUCACAAACGUCUUUACAGACUGGUAGCAUAGGCUAUGUCUUACUGCAUGAAGAGCCAACAGACCACUUCUUUUGCUGCAUGAGCGCGAAGGACUUCGAUAGUUCUCUUGAUGAUGAUGAUAAUAAUAAUAUGAUAAUAAUAAUAUGAUGAUAAUAAUAAUAAUAAUAAUAUUAAUGCAAUAAGAAAAGCGAAGAUUGGAACUGUUAUAUUCUUGAGAAAUAUCUGUGUAUACUAAAUAUUAAUUAAUUAACGAUUCAAGAUGUUUGAUGAUUGUAUAAUUUUAAACUCGUGUGAGUAGUAGAUUUUCGCGAGUUGUAAAUAUGGUUUUAUUUACCCCUGUUGAGGUAAAUAUUCUUGCAGAAGUAAUAUUUCGAGAUGUUUUAACUGAAAUAGUUUAAUAAACCACAAUAACAUCGAGAACGUCUUAUCUUAACUGGCCGGCUUAAUUCUUCUCCUUUACACGUGACAUGGGUUCCACUCUGGAAGUUGUCAGCAGUCCAUCGUUCCUCGCAAUGCGCUCGUGUUUUAGGUUUUGUUUUUGGAAUGCAUUGCACCCCUUAGGCUCACUACCGCUUUUCUUAUCUGUCAGGGAUUGUUGAAUGCACGCAUGAACCGAGAAAUACUGGAACUUUGCACAAGGAAUCGAAAGUUCGGGAAAAUGCGAGAACUAAUAUUUUUAACAGGUAGUUCUUAAGUGGUGAGAUAGAGUACAACUUUGUGAGGCAGUCCAAGCAUUACCAGAUAUUCACGCGCAUAUAUUUUUCACUUCAUAGGGUCACUGGUUAUGCGGAAAACAGUCCUCGUAGCAAACAGUCGGGCAUGCGAAUUUUCUUUUCCCGUGUGGAACCCGGCUUCUUUCAGCUGUGGAACCCAUGGUCUGACAUGCCCUACUUCACUUUGACGAGUCACGUUCAAAGCAUGCUCCAGGACUCCCCCCCAGAUCGUUCGCAGCACGAACUGUUCUUCAAAGCUCUCGAGAAGGCCAUUACUGAGGCUAGAGAAGCCGAUCCCCACCAAGAAAGACUCAACAAUUUUGAAGUCGUUGAUGAAGACCUGCAGAUUAACGUUUAUUUGGGCCUCGGUGCUAUGAUUUAUAAUCAGAGCGGUCUGGGAUUUUGCAAAGACCGUGGCAGUGUGUUCUUCUGAUCGUUAUACUACUUGAUUAAGAAACAAUUUCUCCUUCCUUGUGUCUUUCACUAAUAAUUGUUCUUUUUGGGAACACUUCCAGUUUGCCACAGACCAUCUUAAGUGACUGACUUUUUUUCGAAAACUAUAAAGAAGAUUUUAUGCAGCAUUUCAAACGAUUAAUAAUUCGUUGAUGAUCUGGCCUGGUAGUGUGGUGAGGAAAAGGCGUUAAGGUUCGAACAGGUUUUCAAUAAUGGUGAUGUCGGAGAGAGUGAAUUAGUUGAUUGGCGUAGUGCAAAAUAGUUGCAUAAAUAAAUAAAUUUAUAAAAGUAUCAGUAGGUGCCUCAGGGAGGUACAAAUUUGAGAAAACUAGAUAUCCUAAAGAUCACCAAGGACGUAAUAACAAGCUAAGAAAGUGCCUGGUUGCUGCUGAACGAAUCGAUGAGAUCAUGAGAUGGUGGACUUUUCACGUCUGUGUGAGGAUUUUGUAUAACUCUACAUCAAAGGAAUCUUUCUAAGGGAUAUGUUGUCAAAUCUUUAAUAAAGGUGUUAAGUUGUAUACGAUGAUGUAAAUGGCAAGGAUUUAGAGAGAAAUAGAUACAAGAUAAUGUAAUCGGAUGUUUCUCUUUUGUAUAAUUUUUUUUGUUGUCCUCGUCGUCUUUGUUGUUGUUGUCCUUUAAGAAAAAAAAUACGAGAUAGUUGUCUCAUUCAGGUAAUUUGUACCUUUAACAUGUGCAAAUGAAACAAGCAGAAAGGGCAUCGAUUUUCUUCCAAAGUUAAAUCAUGCAAUAUCUUGAAGUUGAACGAAAAUUGCUAGAUUUUUCACUUAUUUAACGGUUAGUGCUGACAGCAGAGAUUUCAUUAUAGCGAUAUGGUUAAUUUAACAACUUAGAAUAACAAAGGUGUAUCAAUUCCCCUAGAUGAAAGCAGCACUGAACUUUUUCAAUUAUUAAAGAUUUUGUUUGCUGGUUCAAUGCAUUUUCGUCUUUUAAGACGGAGGGGGCGGCACGGGAUAUUGGAUCACCCUUUACGCAGCCCUCUUCUCGAGAACUUUCCACGUAAACCCUGUUGCAAAGCAAUUAGUUCGCGAAUCGUUGUGUACUGAUCAUGUUAAUUCACGAGAUGCGAGUUCAACA